AUCAUCUUAUUUUAAAACAAAAUUUUGAAUUUGACUUUGUGCUGUCUCUCCAUGCUAAGCCAUAGAGGAAUAAGCCAAUUUUCACAAAUUAAUUCAUGAUUUUAUCUUCUUCGUGCUGAAAGAAAACCUCAUUACUGUGUAAAGAAAAAAAGCAAUUAAAAUAAGGAAACAAUAUCGUCUACAUUAUAAAAGUAGGGGUCCCCCUAAAAGUGGAAGGCAUUGCUCUGAAUUUUAUGGCAUUUGAAGAUAACCAAAAAAUUUAGUCAAGAAAAGGUGAUCUUAAAAUUUGUUUCCACUGUCUACGUGAAUGAAGACAUUUUUAUUAUCUUAUCAGACUAUAAUCAUUCUCCAUGAUAUUUUAAAUGCCAUUAUUCCUUGAUAUUUUUUAUUAAUUCCAUUGUAUAACUUUCAUGUACUUCUUUGUUUCCACUGCCUUUUAAUAGAUUGGCUGUUAAUAUUAGAACCUAACAGUAAUUCCAGAACUCAUUCUACAAAAAAACUUUCAUGUGAAAUUAUAAUUGUAGUUAUUACAAAAAAUUACUUUUAAUUAAACACGAGUCAUUUUAAAAUUACCGUGUAAAUCUCUUUAAAAAGAUAAUUUAUCUAUACACAGUGAAAUACAAUGUGAGAUUAUAUGUAUAAUAUAAGUUUUUAAGUAGACAGUGAGUUGCUUUGGUCUAAGGUUUAUGUUGUUAAGAAAGUUUACUUUUCUAGAAAUAAGAGUUCUACACAAAAAGGUCAAGUUACUUGAUACAUUCAUGCUCAUGCAGAUGAGAAACCUUAUCUCGUAGUACUUGUGAUAACAGUUUAUAACAGAAUAGUUAUAUAAAGGAGCACAAUCUUAAUUAUACAGGGAAAAAUUCGUAUUUUUUUAUGAAGUAUUAUAAAAGCUAUUUGUCAUGUUAAUCCUGGUGAGAAACAUUUUAAAAUAAUUUAAAGUUUUUCAAUAAAGGAAAAUUUAACGAACGCUAUCUUACCCAAACUGUUAAAAAAUCUUGUACAUAUAUUAUAAGCUAUAAAAGUUUUUUCAAAUGAGUUAUUUGGCAGAGCACAGUCGUGUGCAUACUGAUGAGAAACCUUAUUCUUGUAGCAUUUGUUACAAGAGAUUUACAAUGUCUUGCACUCUAUCUAGGCACUAUCGUGUUCAUACGGGUGAGACGUCUUAUUCUUGUGGUAUGUGUAAUAAAAGUUUUUCUCGGAGAAGUACUCUAAAUGUGCACAGUCGUAUUCAUACUGGAGAGAAACCUUAUUCUUGUAGUAUAUGUAAUAAAAGUUUUUCUCGGAGAAAUACUCUAAAUGUGCACAGUCGUAUUCAUACUGGAGAGAAACCUUUUUCUUGUAGUAUAUGUAAUAAGAGUUUUUCUGAGAGAAACACUCUAAAUGUGCACAGUCGUAUUCAUACUGGAGAGAAACCUUAUUCUUGUAGUAUAUGUAAUAAAAGUUUUUCAGCAGAGAAACAUCUGACAAGACACCAUCUUAUUCAUACAGGUGAGAAACCUUAUUCUUGUAGUAUAUGUAAUAAGAGUUUUUCUCGCAAAAGUAGUUUAACUGUGCACACUCAUGUUCAUACUGGUGAGAAAGCUUUUUCUUGUAGUAUAUGCCACAAGAGUUUUUCACAGAGAGGAUAUCUGAUAAUACACCAUCGUAUUCAUACUGGUGAGAAACCUUAUUCAUGUAGUAUAUGCCAUAAGAGUUUUUCUCGGCGAAGUGCUCUAAAAUUGCACAGUCGUAUUCAUACUGGCGAGAAACCUUAUUCUUGUAAUAUAUGUAGUAAGAGUUUUUCACUGAAAAGAAAUCUGACUGUGCACACUCAUGUUCAUACUGGUGAGAAACCUUAUUCUUGUACUAUAUGUAAUGAGAGUUUUUCACGGAGGAAGCAGUUGACUGAGCACAGUCUCGUUCAUGCUAGAGAAAAACCUUUUUCUUGCAGUAAUCUAUAAGAAUUUGUUUUAAAAGGGACUAGUCUGACUGCACAAUCGUGUUCAAACUCAUGAGUAAUUUAUUCUUGUAGCAUUUGAAAUGUGAGUUUUUCAGCAAAGAGUCAGCUGACAGAGCAAAGUGUUGUUCAUAGUGUGGAGAAAUUUUAUUCUUUAAUAAAUGUAAUUAUAGUUUUUCCCAGAUAAUUAGUCUGAUUGUGCCAAAGCAUGUUCAUAUUGGUGAGAAACUGUAUUCUUGUAUGUAUAAAGAGUUUUUCAAAAUAGUAAUAAUAAUAAUUCUAACUAAAAUGUGUCACUCUCAUAUUGAUGGGAAACUUUUAUCUUGUAACUUAGGUAAUAGAAUUUUUCCUUGAGAUUUACUCUAAUAACUCUCCAAAUUUCUGUUCAUGCUUUUGUGUAGCUUUAUAUUUGCAAUUUACUAUAAUAAUUUUUUUUUUUACAAUAUAGUGUUCCAGCUGUGAAUAAUAAGUGAAUUUUAAUUUAGAAAUCUCAUUCUUGUACUGCAUGCAAAUAAAUAUUUGUGAAGUAA